AUGUUCUAUCUUAUUGGUGAUUACCCGAAAGACGGAGACUUCCAAAAACAAUGAAGCUACUGUUAGCCAUCAGUGUAUUAUUGGUUUGUGUAACCUUAGCUCGACCUGAUCAAUCGGAUUUCAACCAUAUAAACAGUGAUGGAUCGUUUAGUUUUGGUUUGAAAAAUUCGGAUGUUGGAGGACAUUACCAUACGGCUAGCGGUAAUCCGAAAACCGUAGUAAGAGGACGGUACGGAAGCCGUCAACCGGAUACUGGUCGUGUAGAGGAAACUGUAUACACUGCCGGUCCAAGAGGCUUCCGUGCUCGUGGUCCGAAAAUACACCGAAAGCAGAGCCUUUCCCAGGUACCCCGAGGGCCGAUAGGAAACCCGGAGGAUCCACUGGCGGAUCCAUACGACGAUCCCACUUACGAUUUUCAGUUCAAAACACGUAACUACCAGCGGCGGGAGGGAGCCGACAGCAACGGGCGAGUCAAUGGAUUGUACUCGUACGUCGAUGACGCUGGAGAGAAGCAUUCGGUUCGCUAUUCAGCCGGUUCUGGAACAGGAUUUGAGGUGGCAAAUCCCGUACCAGAUGCACCUAAUACGCUGGCGUAUGAGAGCCCUCUGUACAAGACCCACAAACAAGUUCGGGGCAAGGUGGCCUUUGAAAACGGUCCCAGUGGGUCUGGCCAGUAUAAGUUGCUAUCGGUAGGUCCGGAUCAACGACGAUCGGAAACAACAGGUCCGGACGGAGUUACUAGGGGUUCGUACUCUUUUUUGGAUGACAAAGGAAUUCAACGAACUGUUCAAUAUAUCGCAGGCGCUGGUAUUGGUUAUAAAGUAGUUCAAAGCACAGUCGGAGCAGGCAGCCAUCUGUUAGCACAACCCGCAACCAAUUUUGGCAUCAGCCACGUUGAGCAAACCGACGUUACGGAUAAUAACAAUCCUACAUACAACACUGCUCCUUCUGGUCCAGCAUCAUUUCCAGCCACAGCGGAACGUCCGAAACCAAGCGGGUCCAGACCAACGGCAGCCGGAUAUGACGACACCCGCCCUUCCGGAUCAGGAUACGACAGCUCAAGGCCUACGGGAAGCGGUUACGAUGGAGUACCGCCAGAUCAUGACGGCUACGAUAGUGGUAGACCAAAAGGACCAUCAUUCGAGGAUGAUUUCGACAGAAAGAGACCUACUACACCACCCAGCAAAGUGCCUUCUAGUACGGAUCGACCCGAAUCAAGCGAAAAUAAUCCACGCUUUCCCGACGAAGAUUCCGACUACGGUGGAAAAGGACAAGAUGAUAGUAUUAUAGGUCUCAUCCCACCAAAGUAUGACUACGAACCCACCGAAGAAUCGCCACUGUCAGGCCCAUUCGAUAUUAGCAUUUCCAGUGGACCGUCAGGUCCGUCCGGAUCUAGUUUUCCAAAUUUUGACGAGUCCGCUCCGGGAACCUUCAACGCUAAUGAUUUCACGAAUUAUCCCGAAGUUACCUAUGAUCGAAAAAAGUUAGAAGAGGACAGAAAAAAAGAUUGGCGUGAAUUUGCGAAAGAUUCAACGAUCAUCAAGAAUGUUGGCGAUUGGUACGUUGGACUUGCACCUGGAGCUUCGGUGAGGGCUCACAUACAGAACAUCGAUCUGCUGCCUUACGGAGGGCGAGCUCCAUCGCCCAGUGAGGCACUUCGAAGGGACACUCAACCUAAAAAAAUCGCAAAACGAUCACGCGAUCGGCGGCGAAGAAAUGUUCGCCAGUGA